ACGAAGAAGAAGAGGGACGGGGAAAACACUGCCAAAUAUGGAUAAACAUCGAUACUGUUAGCUAGCUGUACUAGACCCAUGAGUGGGCGUGGGAGGACGCUUUAUUAUCGUCUUCAUACGAAUAAUACUCUUGUACAGGAGAAGAAAAAGGCGGAUAGUAUUUUAAACAGAACAUGGAUAACUGUACAAGAUGACCACCUUGACUGUAGCUAGCAGCUAACGUUAGCUCAGCUGUUUCAGGAGCAUUAAAAAAGCAUAUCAGUAGAGUGUCCCAUGUCACCACCACUUCCUCCUCCUCCUCCUCCACCACCUGCGCCUGCUUGCUGUCCUCCACCACCUCCUCCAGCUCCAGGUCCACCUCCACCUCCUCCAGCCUCAGCAUCUAAGAAGAAGCUGUAUCAGACUAUAGCUAGCAGCAGGAGUCCUGUAGAGGGGAACCACACUGAGGCCCUCUUACUGCUUCAUCAGAGGGAGAGCAGUUUCAGGAAGGACCUGCAGUGGAUACUUGUGAACACAUACGUGCCCUCCCUCAUCCAAGAUGGUCCACAGUGUGGUCUGGUGGCUUUGUGGAUGUCUGCUCAGCUUCGACAGCCACAGCUGAGUGUUGACAUGGAGACUGUGGUUCAAACAGCACUGAGCAGAGGGUACACGGCUCAGGGGGAAAUGUUUUCAGCUGACAACAUGGCCCUCCUAGCAGAAGAGGUGUGUAGCUGUAAGGCGGACCUGCUGUCAGGAGGACUGAGUGGUGACAACGCUGAGACCAUCAUCACACACCUGUGGGGCGGACAGCCUGUUCUCAUACCGUAUGAUGAAGACUACAAUCAUGAGCCGUGCCAACGCUGCGGCCACAGAGCGCACUGGGCGGCUGCUUCAGGUGUUCUCCUCGGUUUGGACCAGGGGGGCGUGAGCAAUGAGCACACUCAGCCUGAUUCCACUCUGCCUUGGCUUCAGCUUGCCUCUGACACUGGCUCCCCUUGUCCUUUUGGAGCAGUCGUCAAAGAGGUCUACAUCCUGGCUAAGCAGGGUAAAAGCCUGCGCUACCAGCUGUGGAGUUUGGACAGCGUCGCCCAAAGCAACAAGCAGCUGAGGACCAUGGACCCUCAGAGGGCCAACGAUGGGACUCAGUACGUUGUUCCUCCUGGAGGGGUGGAAGCUGGGCUGGCUGGGAAGGCAGUGUUACUUUACACAAGGACAAAAGAGCAAAAAUGAGUGUGACACAGGUUUACACUGGACACCAUCAGUAAAACUGUCACUCUUUGAGAGGAGUAAGUGGUAACUUAUGUGGUGAGGAACAUUUCAUAUCAAAAGACUCUGAUACACGCAUUAUUGUGAAAGGGCUUUAAAAUGUGACUUCUGACAUCACGGCAGUUAGUUAAGCUCUGAUGAUGGUUGAUUGUGGUUUCCGUUCAGGGUAUGACAGGUAUUUGUGUUUUUAAAUAGUCUCUUUAAUAUUUCCAGCUGUAUUGGGCUCUCACUGACACUACUGGAGACGGAAAAAAUGCCUUAAGACUGCAAUGUGAGAAAAAGAGUAUUUAUUGUAUUACACAAUGAAAAGAAAAAUCUCAGUUUGAAGUUUUUAUGUAGCCAAUUUGUGCUGCCAAACCUAUGCUGCAACCAUUACUUUUAUUUGAAAAAAGUUUUUAUGGAGAAUUGUAUUUUUUCAUCAAUGCAAAUAAAUCUCUGUGGAAAACACGA